AUGGUGCCAAUAUUUGCAACUCUAGACUUCUUAGCUUCUGGUUCUUACCAACGAAGAGUUGGUAAUUCUGUGCAUCCUUGUAUGAGUCAAACUUCAAUCAGUCGUUCAAUUCGAAGUACUAUUGAUGCUAUACAGCAAAUAAUGCACAGAUGGAUCAAAUUUCCAUCAACUCGUGAUGAAAUGGAAAUUGUGAGAAACAGAUUUCAAGAAACAUAUGGAUUUCCGGGCGUGGUUGGAGUAGUCGAUGGCACUCACAUAUGUAUUACACCACCAAAUAGUGAUAUCGAAGAAACGUAUUUUAAUCGCAAGGGAUUUCAUUCUUUAAAUGCAAUGAUCGUAUCUUAUGCUGAUAAUAAAAUAUUAGCUGUAAAUGCACGAUAUGGUGGCAGAGCAAAUGAUGCUAGGGUAUACAAUAAUUCCAUUCUAUCUGCUUUUAUGAAUCAAAAGUAUGCAGAAGGUUUGAGAAGAUUUUGGCUCAUAGUCUCAAAGAUUGUCUAA